AUGCCCACUCACACCGGCACCACCGUCAUCGUGACCGGCUCCGGAGGCGGCCUCGGCAAGUCCAUCGCCGAAGCCUACCUCGCCGCCGGCGCCAACGUCGUCAUCUCCGACAUCAACCAGGCCCGCAUCGACGCCGUCGCCGCCGAGUACCGCGACACCUACGCCGGCCGCCUGCACGCCAUCGCCGUCGACGUCACCUCCGAAGCCUCGGUCGCCGCCCUCGUCCAGGGCGCCGUCGACCGCUUCGGCCGCCUCGACGUCCUCGUCAACAACGCCGGCGUCAUGGACAAGUUCGACCCCGCCGGCGAGUGCGCAAAGGACACAUGGGACUCCGUCCUCGCCGUCAACCUCACGGGGCCCUUCCUCACCACAAAGGCCGCCGUCAACCAGUUCCUCGCCCAGGGCGCCACCUCCGCGUCCGGCGGGCCCCCCGGCCUCAUCAUCAACAUCGGCUCCAACGCCAGCUUCCGCGGCCUGUGCUCCGGCGUCGCCUACACCGCCUCCAAGCACGGCCUCAUCGCCGUCACCAAGAACACCGCCGGCUUCUACGGCGACAAGGGCAUCUACUCCAUCGCCUUGCUGCUCGGCGGCAUGGACACCACCAACAUCAUGGACGCCUUCGCGACGGGCGUCAACCAGGAGGGCAUGAUGAAGACGGUCGCCGCGCAGCCCGAGUACAAGCGCGGCGAGACGGGCCUGGACCCCGCUGCUGUGGCCAAGUACUGCAUCUUCUUGACUGACAAGGAUAUUGCGUCGUCGGCCAACGGUAGCUGUAUCACGUUCAACAAGAACUGGCCGUACGCGUAA